CGGACGCACUGCAUCUCUCGGCGGCACCGGAGUCCCGUGUCCCGCGACCUGCCCUCUGGGUCCGCUGUGCCCGUGUUGCCGCUGCCGCCACUCCACUCAGAAGACGCCGGCGAGGAGGUGGCUGGAGCCCUGCGGAGGGAGAGCACACGAGCACCUCAGGAGCCCAGGCCAGCCCGUCAUCCGAGCCCUUGCUGCCAGCGUGGAGCCAUGAGCUGUGUCCUGAACGGCGUUGUACCCUUGGGGCUGGUGCUGCUGGUCUGUGGAGCCCAAAGCUUUUUCCUGCCCAACGUCACACACCUAGAGAAGCUGCUCAGCAAAUACCAGCAGGACAGACCCCACUCCCGGGUCCGGAGGGCCAUGCCCAGGGCGGACAAGGAGGAGAUACUCAUGCUUCACAACAAGCUGCGGGGCCAGGUGUCGCCACCGGCCUCCAACAUGGAGUACCUGACCUGGGAUGAAGAGCUGGAGAAGUCGGCGGCGGCCUGGGCCCAGGAGUGCAUCUGGGAGCAUGGGCCCAGCAGCCUGCUGGUGUCCAUCGGGCAGAACUUGGCCGUGCACUGGGGCAGGUACCGCUCUCCUGGCUUCCACGUGCAGUCCUGGUAUGACGAGGUGAAGGACUACACCUACCCCUACCCCCACGAGUGCAACCCCUGGUGUCCGGAGAGGUGCUCCGGGGCCAUGUGCACCCACUACACACAGAUAGUUUGGGCCACAACCACCAAGAUUGGCUGUGCUGUGAACACCUGCCAGAGGAUGAAUGUCUGGGGAGAUGUUUGGGAGAAUGCGGUCUACCUCGUCUGCAAUUACUCUCCAAAGGGGAACUGGAUCGGAGAAGCCCCGUACAGAGCUGGCCGGCCCUGCUCCGAGUGUCCGCCCAGGUACGGAGGCAGCUGCCGGAACAACCUGUGUUACCGAGAGACGUACGACCAAAAGCCUGAAACGGACGAGAUGAACGAGGUGGAAGUGGCCCCCGUUCCCGAAGAGAAGCACACCUGGGCCCAGCCGAGUGUGAGACCCACGAAGCCCAAGAAAGCCCCCGCCGUGAACUACAUGACCCAAGUCGUGAGGUGUGACACCAAGAUGAAGGACAAGUGUAAAGGGUCCACGUGCAACAGGUACCAGUGCCCAGCAGGCUGCCUGCAUAACAGGGCAAAGAUCUUUGGGACUCUCUUUUACGAAAGCGCGUCCAGCAUCUGCCGGGCCGCCAUUCACUACGGGGUCCUGGACGACAGGGGAGGCCUGGUGGACGUCACCAGGAACGGGAAGGUACCCUUUUUUGUCAAGUCUGAGAGAAACGGCGUGCAGUCUUUGAGCAAAUACAAGUCCUCCAGCUCAUUCACGGUGUCAAAAGUAAAAGUGCAGGACCUGGACUGCUACACCACCGUGGCCCAGCUCUGCCCGUAUGAGGGGCCGGGGACCCACUGCCCAAGAGUUCAUUGUCCGGCGUACUGCAAAGAUGAGCCAUCCUACUGGGCUCCCGUGCUUGGAACCAACAUCUAUGCAGACACUUCAAGCAUCUGUAAGACCGCCGUGCACGCAGGAGUCAUCAGGAACAAGAGCGGGGGUUACGUGGACGUGAUGCCCGUUGAUAAGAAGAAGAUCUACGUGGGCUCUCUCAGGAACGGAGUUCAGUCUGAAAGCUUGAGGACCCCUCGAGACGGAAAGGCCUUCCGGAUCUUUGCCGUCAGGCAGUGAGCUUGCAGGGUCGGGGAGAAGGGGGCGUCUUCAAGAGGGCUUCGGGGGUUCGCUUUUUAUUUUUAUUUUGACACUUGGGGGGGUGGGCCGGGGAUAUGGAGAGUCAGGAAACUCCCUUUGAUUGGCGUUGUGUCCCAUCAGCCGUGCCUUGGUCUCAGCUCCACACAGGGGAGCGUCCUUGGGGUCCUGAGCAGACAGCCGGUGGCCAUCCUGCUGAGGCCCGGGGGUCUCCCCCUGGGGGGUGUUCUUUUGUGGCUGGAGAGAGGAUUCCAGAGGAUCCGGAGCUGACGCUGCGAGGCAUUCAGGGGUGUGGGAAGGGGCGUACUGAGAACGCUCAGGGCGGAGUUUCAGGGAUGGAGUAGAAGGUAGCUAUUUAAAACAUUAAAAAACACAGGCCGUCCCUACCAAAGGAGAAAAAUGGGUUUCAUGUUUGCUGGUCAGACAAAUGGGCCGGAACAAGGGGACUCUGCCCUGGCACCCGUCCUGUUCCCGUCCUGCUCCGUGCGGGCUGGUUCUAUACACAGCAGUGCUGGUUUACUUCGAGUUCAGCCGUAACUCCAGAGAUGUAUCUUGUCUUGGUCCUUCCCUUUGUCCACGUGGCCCAUGUAUUUGCUGCCGUGACCUUUGGUCUCACUGAGGACUAAUGAACCAGGACCCUUUCUUGAUCCCCUCCCUGCUGUGGCUCACGCCCUGCCCAGACUGGUUUCUGUGUCUCCCACCAGGGUCUUUGCUUGGCAAACAAUUCUGUUUUGAAGCCCACUUUUUUCUUUCCAACUACUUGUCUCUGUGGGUUCCACUGAGAUGUCUAAGAACAGCCAAAGAAGGGCUGUUUUGUUGCUGCCUUUAAAAAAUGGCACUGAAUUAUGCAGACUUCCCAUCCGUCGGAUGACCUAUUUUUUAGCAAUGAGAGGAAUGGCUUCAUUCCUCAGUACAUUCCUCGCCGAGGUUAGCAGCUCUGGGGAGAGGGACAGCCUGCAGUUAUGAAACCGUCUUGCGGCAUAACAACAAGAGAUGGUAACACACUGGAAGGAUUUCUCUUCCUAUUUCGGAGGAACCGUUCUUGCCAAAUGUUCCUGAGGCUCCGAGGAGUGCGGUGCUCUCUGGCUGCCGUCACUGUACAAAACUUCUUCGGCAGCCUAGACCCAAAACCCACAGUGAAAUAAAAUACCCUUUUGUAAAUAGCAUUUCUUUGCAGAAGGUAAAAUUCCACCCUCCUCCACCAGGCUGGUCAGUAGAUCACUUUCGUGAAUGCUGAUUUCAGAGUUGAUUUCACUCUCCAUCAGAAUAUUUCGAAGGCAAAAGAACUAGCAGAAAGUUUAAAACAAACAAACAAACAAAACCUAAGAUAGUCUGGACAAGGAACUCCACCUGGGGAACCAAGUUGGUGUGUUGUUUCAGGGCAACCCUAAUUAGUGAAGAAACAGAAGGUAAAUGGCUCCCCC